AUGUCCAAGCAGGUUCAUAAGUUGGAAGAGGAGGAAGAUGAUGAUAAAUUCACAGGCGAUGGAAGUGUCGAUUUCUGUGGCCGCCCGGCGAUCAGACGAGAGACCGGGAAAUGGUUUGCUGGGGCUAUAAUACUCGUAAACCAAGGUCUGGCAACUCUAGCUUUUUUCGGCGUGGGCGUGAACUUGGUCCUGUUCUUGACGAGGGUCCUCCAACAAGAUAAUGCCGAUGCUGCCAACAGCGUUAGCAAGUGGACCGGUACAGUCUACAUAUGCUCUCUCGUCGGGGCUUUCCUCAGCGACUCUUACUGGGGACGAUACAAGACCUGCGCCAUCUUCCAGCUCAUCUUUGUCAUCGGCCUUGUGCUGCUAUCCGCAUCCACGCAGUUCUUGUUGAUCAAGCCGAAGGGGUGUGGGGACGAGUUGAGCAAGUGCGUGACCCACUCGAGCUGGGAGUUGGGCUUGUUCUACAUCUCCAUAUACAUGGUGGCCCUAGGGAACGGGGGCUACCAGCCCAACAUUGCCACCUUCGGGGCCGACCAGUUUGACGUGGAGGACCCGAGAGAAGGCCACUCCAAAGUUGCCUUCUUCAGCUAUUUCUAUCUGGCGCUCAACCUCGGCUCCCUCUUCUCCAACACAAUACUCAGCUACUUCGAGGAUGAGGGCAUGUGGGCCCUCGGUUUCUGGGCCUCCACGGCCUCCGCCUUCUUGGGCCUGCUCCUCUUCCUUGGAGGCACUGAGAGGUACAGACACUUCAGGCCCAACGGGAACCCCCUGUCGCGGUUCGGCCAGGUCAUCAUUGCGGCUUCAAGGAAGUGGGACCUCAAAGCCCCACUGUGCAGUGAAGAAGAAGAAAACAAUUAUGAUGAUGAUAAUAAUGGUUUGUACGAAGCCGAUCAAGGAACGACGACAAACAAAUCUGAUACCUGCGUUCGGAAGAUGCUUCACACUCAGGGGUUCAACUUUUUAGACCGAGCAGCGCUAGUGACCCCGCCGGACGCCGACCGCCUGAGGGAGAACGGCGGUCGGGACCCGUGGCGCCUCUGCCCCGUAUCCCAAGUGGAGGAGGUCAAGUGCAUUCUCCGAUUGCUCCCCAUUUGGCUCUGCACCAUAAUCUACUCGGUUGUUUUCACCCAAAUGGCCUCACUUUUUGUCGAGCAAGGGGACGCGAUGCGCACGAGCGUCUCUAACUUCAGGAUACCCGCCGCCAGCAUGUCAAGCUUCGACAUCCUCAGCGUGGCAGCCUUCAUCUUCCUGUACCGCCGAGUGAUCGACCCACUGGCCCGUCGUUUUGGGCCGGGCCGGGUCGGGCUCAGCGAGCUCCAACGCAUGGGAAUCGGGCUCGUUAUAGCCAUCUUGGCCAUGGUCUCAGCUGGGGUCGUGGAGCUCUACCGGCUCAAAUAUGCGCGAAAGGACUGCAGGCAUUGCCAGGGGUCAAGCUCGCUGAGUAUCUUCUGGCAAGUGCCACAGUAUGCUUUAAUAGGGGCAUCUGAGGUGUUCAUGUACGUCGGGCAGCUCGAGUUUUUCAAUGCGCAGGCGCCAGACGGGCUCAAGAGCUUCGGGAGUGCACUCUGCAUGACAUCGAUAUCACUCGGGAAUUAUGUCAGCAGCUUGCUGGUGUCGAUCGUGAUGAAGAUAUCAACCGUGGACAACAUGCCAGGGUGGAUACCUGGGAACCUCAACAAAGGACACCUGGACAGGUUUUAUUUUCUGCUGGCAGGGCUUACGGCUGUGGAUUUGAUUGUGUACAUCGGGUGCGCAAUAUGGUACAAGGGCAUUAAGCGCGGAGGGAGGAAUGGGGAGGAUGAGGACAUGGAUUAUGGAGUGUGA